CGAUAUACCUUUACCAUCUGGUUUCAAUGGUUUUGAUAUCUAAAGUCCUUCUUUCGCCGCAAUACCUCCCAAAAAAGCGAUAUAACUUCCAGCUCGACCAAUAACUUCGCGAACACGAAAUAUUUUCAAGAUGACGAGGCCUCGGAUUGUGCGGGCUGAUACCAUGGACCUCCAGGGCCAACAUGCCCCUUCUGCCAAGGACCAUACCAGGCAGCCCGCGAACCCCACGGGCAUUGCCCCCCACCAGGAACAAGCGCUUCGCCAGGCCGACCAGGAGACCAAAGCUGAAAUCAUGCAUGGUCCCAGCGCCAACGACGCAAACUCCAGUGACGACCGCGCCGACGGAAUCGAUAUCUACGAUGACGAUGAUGACGACGAGAUUGAGGAUAUAGAUCAUCACGGAGAUCUCACCGGAGAACAUGAAGAGGGCGAUCUGGCUGAUGGAGAAAGCGAUGAUAUGCUAGAUGACGACAUGAUGGACAAGAUUUCGAGCUCGCCAUCGAUUGACGACGAGGACAUCGACUUUGAAUUCGUCUACGCGCUUCACAACUUCUAUGCAACCGUGGACGGACAGGCCAACGCCUCCAAGGGCGACACCAUGGUGCUGUUGGAUGACAGCAACAGCUACUGGUGGCUCGUUCGGAUUGUCAAAGAUGGCAGUAUUGGGUAUCUGCCCGCGGAGCAUAUUGAAACUCCGACCGAGCGAUUGGCUAGAUUGAACAAGCACCGGAACGUGGAUCUCUCUGCAACCAUGCUAGGAGACAAUUCAGAGAAAUCCAAGAACCCGCUGAUGAGAGCGGUGCGCCGCCGAACCACCAAGAACGUCCAAUUUGCUCCUCCUACGUAUAUUGAAGCGUCCGACAUUGAGUACUCUAGCGACGAAGAUCUGGACGACGCGGCGUCUUUCGACGAGGAGGAUGGUACGCGCGCGGAGGCGGAUGAUGCGCACGAUGGCCAAAACGAUGAUAUUGUUGUUCAGCCAUUGAGGACCAAAGCGCAACGCGAAAAAGGAGGUGAAGAAGUUGGCAUUGAUGAAACCGAGGAGUCGGCCGGUAGCAGUCCGGUCAAGCAACGUUCUAGCCAGGAGCUAUUUGAGCCUGAACCCGAUAACAAUGUGAGCCGAUCGCGAAACGGCACCGUACGCAACACCGAUUCCUUCUUCAGAGACGAUACCGUGGAGACUAAAAAGAUCUCCCUGACACCCAAUCUUCUUCGAGACGAGGUCGGCAGUGGGACGCUCUCCAGCGACGCGAGUGAAAGUCGCGGUAGCAUGGAGAACAUCGACAAGACACUCAGUGCGAUUGACAAAAGCAAGGAGGACAAAAAGCGCAGAGACAAGAAGUCGGGAAUGCUCAGUGGUCUUUUCAAAAGGAAAGAUAAGAAGACUAAAUCCCACGAGGAUGAUCCAGACGAAGCAGAGAAGAACUCGAAUGAGUUCUCCCGGUCUUCACCCCAGCCGAAAACGUCUCUGGAAUCGGUGCCCUCUCCUGUUUCACCUGAGGCUCGAUCCCCCAAGCAGUUGGUGGGGCAGAGACAGACCACCAAGCUACAGAAACAACCUCCGGUGGCACUCUCUCCGACGAAGCAGGAAUUUCCUCGGGAACAGGAGCCUGCUGGUAUCGAUAGAAGCAUCAAGUCCGCGAUGAGCAGCAAGACGGACCAGACAAUUCGACAGGUCACGUCUGAAGAGGCGGACGAUAUUCCCUCGUCACCCCCAUUGGGACCCUUUGAUGAUAGCCAGGAGGCCAUUGAAUCUACAGCUCGUGUACCGAGCCCUGCGAAGAAGAUGGCACCUUCUCAACCUGAACCCCAGAAUCAAACAACAUCACCAGUCGAGUCGCAUGGCGACUGGCAAGACGCGUCUGAGGGUGUCUACUAUCCGCAGCAGCGUUCAGUGGCAUCGCCACCGCAGAGGUUUGAACCUAGACAGCUGGAAUAUCAAAGCCAGCGAUUCGAAUCUCCUGGCCGUGAAUCGAUGGAGGAGCCCCCGGUCUCGCCUCUCGCGCCCGGGUCCGGGACGGAUUUCUCCAACCCGGCGCGACACUCCAUUGUCUCGGUUUCGCCGCCUAUGUCUCCUGUUACGAGCCAUCGCGACAGCAGAGGCAUUGACGCUCGCUCCUCAUUCAGUGUCGCAUCUGCGCCUACUCCUACGUGGAGCGAUGCGAGCUUGCGGUCCUACCUGGAUGACGACAAUGACAUCCGCGAUUUGUUCAUCAUUGUACACGACAACUCGAACAUCCCGCCUGCUGGCCCUGAUCACCCGAUCACUGGUUGCCUUUUCAAGGAAGAGAGCAAGAGACUGAGAGAGAUGAACAGCCAGCUGGAUUCCAUGCUGGCUGAAUGGGUUGGUCGCAGAGUACGGGAGUCGACCAGUAAGUAGAGCCGAUACCUGGUUCAGGCUUGAUGCCUCG